AUGAUGAUGUCGAGACGACUUGCCACGGCCGCGUGCCUCCUGCGCCGGCCCAUGCAGCAGCCCAUGCGAAGCCAGCUUCCCCUGCCGCUGCUCAUGACACAGGUGCGCACCUAUGCGCAAACCAUCGUCAAGGUCCCCCAGAUGGCCGAGUCCAUCACCGAGGGCACCCUGAAGCAGUGGAACAAGCAGGUUGGCGACUACGUCGAGCAGGACGAGGAGAUCGCCACCAUCGAGACGGACAAGAUCGACGUCGCUGUCAACGCCCCCGAGGCCGGUACCCUGAAGGAGCUGAUGGCCAACGAGGAAGACACGGUCACUGUUGAUCAGGAGAUUGCCAAGAUCGAGCCGGGCGGUGCUCCCUCGGGUGGUGGCGACAAAUCGGAAGCCAAGGAACCCCCUAAGAAGGAGGACGCUUCCACCGAAGCCCGUCCCGCCCCGGCCGAGCAAGAGAAUAAGCCGGAAUCGAAGCCCGAGUCGACAUCCGAGAGCAAACCAGAGUCCAAACCCGAACCAUCCAAGCCUUCGCCGCCCCCGGAGCCCAAGAAGGAGUCUCCCCCUAAGAAGCAGCCUACGAAGGUUGCCCCAGCGAGCAGCGGCCCCGUGCUGGGCAGCCGCGAGGAGCGACGUGUCAAGAUGAAUCGCAUGCGUCUUCGGAUCGCCGAGCGUCUGAAGCAGUCUCAGAACACGGCCGCCUCGCUGACUACCUUCAACGAGGUCGACAUGUCGUCGCUGAUGGAAUUCCGCAAGCUCUACAAGGACGAGGUCCUCAAGAAGACUGGCGUCAAGCUUGGCUUUAUGAGCGCAUUCUCGCGUGCCAGUGUCCUGGCCAUGCGGGACAUACCCGCCGUCAACGCCUCCAUCGAGGGAGAGAACGGUGGUGACACUAUCGUCUACCGGGAUUACGUCGACAUCAGCGUUGCGGUCGCUACCGAGAAGGGCCUUGUCACCCCGGUGGUUCGCAAUGCCGAAUCCAUGGACAUGGUCGGAAUUGAGAAGUCAAUCGCCGAAAUGGGCAAGAAGGCUCGGGAUGGCAAGCUCACCAUCGAGGAUAUGGCCGGUGGCACCUUUACCAUCAGCAACGGAGGCGUGUUUGGUUCUCUCAUGGGCACUCCUAUCAUCAACCUGCCGCAGAGCGCCGUUCUCGGGCUCCACGCCAUCAAGGACAAGGCCGUGGUUGUCAACGGCAAGAUCGAGAUUCGACCCAUGAUGUACCUUGCCCUGACCUACGACCACCGUCUGCUGGACGGCAGGGAGGCUGUGCAGUUCCUGGUCAAGGUCAAGGACUAUAUCGAGGACCCCCGGAGGAUGCUGCUGGGUUAA